CAACGAAAUAGCAAUUUUUUUGUCCUCUCGAAAUGUCACAAACCCGGGCGCAAAAGAGCACUGUCCACGUGGCUCUAUUUCCGAGCUCCGGGAUGGGCCAUCUGACGCCGUUUCUCCGGUUGGCCGCCUCGCUCGCGGCGGAGGAGGACGUCCGGGUCACCUUCAUUGCCGCACACCCGACGGUCUCGCUCGCCGAGUCGCACGCCCUCUCCAGUUUCUUCACCAGCUUCCCUCAAGUUAUUCCCAAGCAACUGUGCCUUCUUCCCCUUAACGAGUCUUCUAGCGACACCGACGAUCCCUUCUAUCGCCAUUACGAAGCCAUCUGUGCGUCGUGCUGCCUCCUCCCUCCCCUCCUCUCGUCGGUAUCUCCGCCCCUUUCUGCUCUCAUCACGGACAUGAGCUUGCUAUCCGCAGUCCUUCCGAUCUCCCGAGCCAUCAACCUUCCGAAUUAUGUCUUCUUCACGUCGUCCGCUAGAAUGCUGACGCUCUUCAUGUCCUUCCAUCGGAUAUUCGUCGCGAAAGCCAUGCCCGGUUCUCAGGAUAACGAAGACGUCAUUGAGAUACCGUAUCAAGAACCAAUACCCGUCUCAUGGUUUCCGCCGCCCCUAUUAGAAGAAGAAGACAACUUCCUAAAGAACUCUCUCACUCAGAACGGCAAGAGCAUGAUCGACGCAGAUGGCAUUUUGAUCAACACGUUCCACGAAUUUGAGCAGGAUACGUUAACAGAGCUAAACAGCACGAAAAUGCCUCGAGGAUUGCCACCUGCAAUUGCCAUUGGGCUGCUCCCACCAGCUAACUUCGGAGAGUCGCAUUCUCAUCCGUCAGCUUGGUUGGGCGAUCAACCGGUGGGAUCGGUUAUUUACGUGAGCUUCGGCAGUAGAACAGCCAUGUCGAGGGAGCAAAUAAGAGAACUAGGAGUUGGACUGGUACGGAGCGGGGUGAGGUUCGUAUGGAUGGUGAAAAGCAAGAAAGUGGAUCAAGAAGACACAGAGGACCUGGAAGAUGUGAUCGGGCAAAAUCUGGCGAUGGCAACCUCGGGCGGGGCGGCGAACGGCAUAGCCGUGAAGCGCUGGUUGAACCAGAGCGAGAUACUAGGCCACCCGGCGAUAGGCGGGUUCCUGAGCCACUGCGGGUGGAACUCGGUCACAGAGGCCGUGUGGCACGGCGUGCCGAUGCUGGCGUGGCCACAGCACGGGGACCAGAAGAUCAACGCAAGCCUGGUGAGAAGGGCGGGGAUCGGGAUUUGGGAGGAGAGCUGGGGGUGGGGCGAGAGGGAUGCGGUGAAGGGAGUGGAAAUAGCGGAGCGGUUGGCGGAGAUGAUGAGGGACGAGUGGCUGAAAGCACGGGCGGCGACGAUGAAAGAAGCCGCCAGGGCGGCCCUUGGACUUGGAGGAUUAAAAGCACUGCUCGCCGAGAUGCGGCCAAGUGGAGCGCGCCUCGAUGGUUAAAAUCGGUAUA